AAUUUAAUUGAAGCAUGUUUUUCUGAAAAGGAUAAUAAAUCGGCUGCAUUUAUCCCCCACACAGUAGAGCAUACAGAGGGGAGGCAUAAAUAAUGGGGCUGAAAUGAUAAAGACAAGACAUCUCAAUAAUUUGGGUCAAUUCCCAUUUUUGCUCGCCAUCAACACAUUAUUUGUCAAUUGAGAAUGAUAUCACAUUCAUUCUGCGAAAAUCUUUACAUGAUAGUCGGCCAAGGGUGAAUAAAUACUGUCAACUUUAACUUUUGAAAAUCCUGGAGGAAAGCAAAUAUCACAGGAUUUUUCUACUGUUUUCCAGAAGGCACAAGGAUAUACUCAUGAUCAGCUGGGAAUCAAACUCAGUCCCACGGAGUCUUUACAGUUCGCCAUCGCUUACUGAUGGCAGUUCCGGCCUCCUCUUUUGGCGAUAUGAACUUUCAGCAGCUGAACAUUUGCUAGCCUGACACAGACAACUUCAGAGUUUUAUCUGUAGUUAUUUCAGGGGUGGGCAAUUUUCUCUUCCCCUACUCGCAACAAUCCGACAGCACCACAUUCCCCACUUUAGAAUUCAAGGUGAUGUAGUCAAUGCGCAGGCGCAAACUUCCAUAUCUGCCACCGACGUCUUCCUCGCGCGUGUCGCUGCUUCUUCUGCGACCCCGGAAGUAGUAGGGACUUUGGGUUGUUGUCUGGCGAGAAAGAAAGGUUGAUUAAGAGGUUUAGUCCGUUCUCCCGGCUUUCCUACCAUGCUCGAUUUCAGCUGCUUUGAUUCUUAGCCUCUUUUGGGUCAGCAGCAAAAACAAAAUGUCAUGGCUACAGUCUGCAGUUAGACAAAGCAAUGAAGAUGUAUUUGAUGAAAAUGCAGAUGAGAUGGACAUAGCCCAGAAAGAAUGGAAGAGUGCAAUGGAGAAACGAGUCAAGGAGGGCUAUAGGGAAGGUGUUGAAGCUGGGAAAGCGGUAACACUUCAACAAGGCUUCAAUCAGGGUUAUAAAGAAGCAGUAAGGGUGAUGUUUGAAUGUGGCCAGCUCAAAGGAGCCAUAAGUGCUCUUCAGUCUUCGUAUCAUCACAGUAAACAUGUCUCUGCGGUGCUGAAUGAGAUGACUGAUCUGCUGAAUCAAUUAAGAAUAUAUGAAGAAUAUAUGCUUAAGAAUUUAAAUUGUGUAAACCCACAACCCAGUGUUGGAGAUUUGCUACAUACUCUUAAUGACAUGGAUCUUGAUUUUAAAUGCUGUGCUGUUGAACAAUGUAGUAGAACCUGUGCUGAGGUCACUAAAAAUGAUUGUCGAAAUAAUGGAACAGAUUCAUUUCAAAAUGAAUAUUGUGGCAGGAGAGAAAGUUACAAAGGUUCUGAAAGACCAACUCUUUCUAGGCUUAAAGAAAGAACUGCCAGUAUCAUGGAACAAUUUGGGUUGACUCCAGACACAGUUAAACAUACAUAGCUGUUGCAAAACAAAUGUGUUGCUUUAAAUUAUAUUUAUUUCUAAUAUCCUUUUUGACAAUCACAGGACACUGCAAUGAUCAUAAAUACAAGAACUGGACACAGAGUUAAGAUUGUCUUAAUUUCAAGCUGUCACUGCACAAGGCAGUUGGUAAGACUAUGUAUUGUUUCAACAGAUGAUGGUAAUUAUAUUUCACCUUUAUUAUUUUUAUGAAUAAUCCUGGUGCUGCCCUUUCAUAGUGCCUGGAGGCUGGGGGUGAAGUGGGCGGCUGGAUAAGGGACAAUAGGUUGCAGCUAAACUCUGAUAAGAGUGCUUGUGGAUAUGCAGAGCCUGGGAAUCCAGAGUUUUAUCUUUGGUUCUGGUUGUGGUUGCACUAUUCCAGAUAGACCCAUUGCAUAGCUUGGGGGUUUUCUUAGACUUCAACUACUGCUUAAAGAGCAGGUGGCAGGCAUGACUAGGAGAGCAUUUAAGUAGCUUCAUAUUAUGUGCAAACUGAUCUUUUCUGUAUUGUGAGGCCCUGCCCUGCCUUCAGUCACUCAUGCCCUGUCACCUUUUGUUUGGCUUAUUGCAUCACACUUGACAUGGGGCUACCCUUUGAAGAGUAUUCAGAAGCUACAAUUGGCCCAGAAUGCAUUAGCAUGGAAUAUUCUGAGACCCUGGGGUGGCACAUAUAAAACCAAUGUUAUGCAAGAUGCACUGGCUGCCAAUCCGCCUCUGGGUCCAGUUCAAGGUGUUGCUUAUCCUCUUUAAAGCCCCCAGGAUAUCUGAGAAACUGCCUUGCCCCAAUGGGACUGGCCUGCCCAUUUGAUCUGGCAGAAAUGGCCUACUGCAGACCCUCCUAGCCAUAGAAUUUUGGCUGGUGGAGUCUAGGAAAAGAGCCUUUUCUGCCAUGGUCCCUGCCCUUGGAAUAUCUUGCACUGGAAGAGAGAUCUGCCCCCACCUCUCUGGAAGGAUCUUAAAACCAGACACUUUGGAUGCCAUGGAGCCUUGAUAAGAGAUCUGAAAGCCAAAGAUGGAUGGUGCAGUGACACUGCAUCAUCCACCUACUACUGCUUUGAACCAGUCUUUUAGUCUAUAUCAAAUCUUUUGUAUUUUUAAUUUGUUUUAUGUUUAGAAUUGUCUUGUAUCCCUAUUUUUGUAAGCUGUCCAGAGUUGCCUUGGACAGUAAGAUGAAUGACAUAUAAAUUUAAUAAAUAAAUGAAUUCAACAAAUUUUUGUGUCCAGUUCCAAUGAAGAUGGCUGACUAAAUACUUGCUCAGGGAGGGUUCCCUGAAGAUUUUUCCUUGGGCUGUAACUCUUCAAAUACUAACUGAAGGGACUGGCAUUCCUUUGGUUUUUGUGACCCACCAGGAUCAGAGAAAGUCUAAGAAUUACCCUUCAAGAGCCUCUGAAACAGCUGAUGUCUGCAAGCAACUUCGGAGCUGCGCUUCAAAGCUGUUGCAUGCCAAAUGCUGGGGGGAGGGGCUGCAAUCUUGUUGAACAAGCCACCAUUUUGGAAAUUUAUCUUUCAAACAGUAAAUUGUGCCCUUCAUUUCUUAAUCACCUUUAAGAACUAUUAAUCUUUACUAAGUUAAGUUAAAACAGGCUGUCUAGUCACAGCCUGCUAUGCCUUUUUGAAGAUCUAUGCCAUUUUGGGGAUUUCUUUAGUGUUAAACAACAAAGCAGAAGGCUGCUAAGGCAUGCCAAAAUAAAGAAGUGUGGAGCAAUAAAAAAAACUGAUGGAGAAACAAAGACUUAAAGCUGUGGUUUUAGUUUAUUAUUGUAGUAACUUGUAGCUUAGUCUUGCUGAUUUUUAUGAUUCCUGAACUGCUAGCAAUUCCUAAGUGACUUACAAAAAAAAAAAAAAAAGCUAUUCUUUGACCAAAGAGGGAAUCAAGAUGGAGGAGCAAAUUAUUAGAAAUAUGUUUAAAAAUUAUCUAAAUAAAAUCUACCACUUUGUUGAUCAGCUGUGCUCCAGGGAUGAUUAAAAAAAACCCUCUCAAACUACUUAGAUGAAAAUGGGUAGGAAAAUACAGAGAAGUUAACUACAAUUUUGAAAUAUAAACUUGACACCAAUUUUUAUUAUGAUGGUUUAAACAUAAAUCUCUCAACACAACUGAAAAAAGAGCUUCAAGAAAAUCUACAUCUCUUAAAAAGACAAGUUUGGGACUUUUUCUUUAGGAUAUUAACAAGGUAGAGAAAUCCUUGAUAAAAAGGGAGGUUUAUAACUACAAUAAAUUUUCUAGAGAAGAAAAAGAUUUUACUCCAUGAAGACAAACUGGAAGGAGUGACUUAAACUUAAUGAGUUAACUGGAUCUAGCAUCCAGCAGGAAUGGUUAAAUUGAACAUUUUAUUCAAAGAAGAAAAUACAUUUAAAUAUGUUUUUCACUUGGAUAUCACUUCUGGAUUUUGUGCCUGUGAUGAAAAAAAA